UUGGAAAGGGUAUUUUGCGCACUGUCCACGUGAGGAUUAUCUUUCUUUCGUUUUUCAUUUCCCCGCAAGGCUUGAAUACGAAACUAGUAGAGUUGUGCUUCUCAGGAGUCGGAGAACAAAAUUAAUGUGUUAGAGAACGUUUCAUCUGUUUACUUUUGAACUUCGAAGCUCAUAUUUCCUCUUCGGAACAUGUCAUGAUGUCAUUGUUGGUAAAGGAAGACCAUCAAAAAAGAAGUUCCUCCACUUUAAUGCAUGGCGUUCCACCAAGGCGGCAUCACAACCCAGCAGGCGGGCUUGCACGGUCCGGUCCCCCCACACGCGAUGAUCUGUGGCAUCUACCGGGCGAGCUCCGGAUAAAUCCAUUUUUGUGGGAUAAGGAAGAUGUUUCCCACUGGCUCCACUGGGCUCACAAGGAGUACUCACUUCGGCGACCUGAGAAGGGACACUUUGAGAUGAAUGGCCGAGCCUUGUGCCUGCUCACUAAAGAGGACUUCAGACACCGCAGCCCCAGCUCAGGCGAUGUUCUGUAUGAGAUCCUGCAGUGUGUGAUUCGGCAACGGAAUAGUCUUGUAUGUGAACCCCCAAAAAAGUCUGACCCAAAAACUGAAGAGUCGCUCCCUCCCUCUCCAGAUAACACGCAAGCUCCACAAAAACAAGACGAAACAGAAAGGCUCAUCGAGGAACCUCUCAAUUUGUCUUGCCAAGAGAAUCCUCGAAGACAAAUGCGCAAACCUGAUGGUCGCUUGCCAGAGUGCAGGCUACUGUGGAAUUAUGUCUAUAAACUUCUGUCUGAUGACCAAUAUCAAGAAUACAUCAGAUGGGAGGACCGUAGCAGCCUGUUGUUCAGGGUGGUGGAUCCCAACGGCCUGGCACAUCUCUGGGGACGCUACAAGAACCGAGACAAUAUGACCUAUGAAAAAAUGUCUCGGGCUUUGAGGCACUAUUACAAACUCAACAUCAUCAAAAAGGAGCGAGGACAAAAAUUCCUCUUCAGGUUUCUGAAAACACCACAAGAGUUCGGGAAAGAGCUGGAUGACCAUGUUGAGUCUCCAGCACACUCUCCCCUUCAGGACAGGAACUUUCCCGACAGCAGUCCUUUAUCUAAUUUCAGGGAAGAAGGUUUCGAGGUUUCCCCUGAUCGUAUCUCUCCAGAGUGUUUUACAAGUGGCCCCCCCAGUGUUGUAUAACAAAUUGUAUUAAUCUUUACCUUUAAGGGGGAUAAUAUGUACUUCCUCUUGCACUUUCUUUCACCAUUAUCCCUCAGAAGAAUCAAUACUUUUACUUUCAUUACACUAAACACUAUUAAACACUAGUUAAAAAAAAAAAAAACAUUUAAAGAAUCAUGUGUUAAAAUUGUCAUGCAAGUAUGUGCGGGAAUUUGUAAUACAUAAUGUGUGUAAUGAUUCGUAUGAGAAAUCUAUAGAAACUUUGUUGUGAGAUACAUUUUGUACAGGAAAUUAUAACUCAUGUUCAUCAACAAUAUUAAUUUUAAAAAGUAUAUGAAGUUUCUCUUUUCAGUGUCCAUGCAUUUUCUUUCUUUGUCCCUCACAUCUAUCAUGAUGGCUCACCAUUGUCAAGACCGAUCAAUU